UUGUAUAAUUUGGAUAAUUGGGACGAUUCAGACCAACUGAAGGAGAUCUUCAACCUCUACGACGAAGAACUCGAUGGAAAGAUCGAUGGUACCCAGAUCGGAGACGUUGUCCGAGCUGCCGGGCUGAAGCCGACCAAUGCUAUGGUUACCAAGGCCUCCGGACAAGAGUAUAAGCGCAAGGGUGAGAAGCGUAUCACGUUUGAAGAGUGGCUACCAAUUUUCGAGCAACUGUCCAAGGAGAAGGCAAGUUUUCAGUUCACUUCUCUUUUCUUUUCAUUUUUCUCAAUACAUUCUUUUCUUCUCUAUCAACAUCCACAUUUUUUCUGCUCAUCUGUCAAAUCUUGGCGCUCUUGA